GGCAAUUAUUCAAGGAAGGAGCGUUAGGUUGACUCGGGGGUCUAGCACUCGCGUCCAUAACAAUUCUUACUUUUGUAAAUGUUUUGUCCAUUCUCACUACCGCCCUAUGAGGGAGGUAGUGAACUGGUCCAUCUGCCUCGGAGGGGUUUUCUACUUUUUCAAUCAUUCCCUUAUCGUAUUGCUCCUUCAAUAUUUUUUCGUAUUCAUCUACGAGAUUUAAUUUCCUCAAUUUCCUCAAAGUGGAAGCGAGCCUCAUUUUAGCGUGUCGAUAAUUAGUGGGCAAAAACUGAAUAUUUUUAUUGAAUGGGAGCGCGACCUGAUACCUUCCAUCUACGAAAACCAAGUUUUUCCGAAAAUUUUCCAUAACUUCUUCGUCUGUGGUUGGCGCCGAAACAUCCUCCAGUCCCACGCCAUGUAAUCCGAAAAAAUGAGAUAAUUGCUCCGAAUGCUCCACGUCUGUCUUGAAAUCCUCUUCUCCAUCUUCCUCAAGUAUGGUAUAGACUUGGGCCACAUUUGCAAAAUAAACCCCCUUUUUUGGAGUAGAACCAUUUUCCUGGAGUCCCGCUCCACUCAAAAUAUUACCAAUUCUAGAGGUACUGAUAGUAAACCCACUUGGUAAUUUUUCCAAAGGCUGGACGUUAAGUUCGUGCCAGAUAUCCAUCCCCAAAAGGACAUCUGGUGGACGCCAGUCCGCCUUACACAGCCUCCAGUCAUGUAAUGCUUGAGGUUCCAUUUUAGCCAAGUCAUAGCAUGGCAAAGGAUUUACAAUGAAGUCCAUUUUAUUUAAAACCAUGGAAAGUCUUUCUUCGUUUUUACCAAGCAAAUCUAUUCUUACUAACUCACUUUCAUAUUUUUUAGGCUUCUCACUUCCGAAGCUCGAAAGAUAAUAAUCCUCUUUUCCCAUUGGGGCCAAUUCAAGUUUUUCGGCAAUUCUUUUUGAGACAAAGCUCCUCUGACUACCCGGGUCGAGAAACACGAGAGCCGGGAUUUUAUUUUCUUGUUUUCUGGGGUUUGAGACCAUUACUUCAACGGUCAUAAGUAGGGCUUUCCCCUCGCCCUCUAGCGCAACAUUUGUUUGCCCAUUUUGAGCAUGUUUUAUUUCUGGGGUCCUUAUUACUUGUCCCCUUUGAUUUGGCGCCUCUAUUGAGAGCAUACGCCUUGAAGCUUCCUCCUGCGAUUGAUUGGGCCACACGGCCGAUAUAUUAUUACCCCUAAACUGAGUUUGCGUUUGUGGCCAUUGGGCCUGGCGAUUAUUAAAAUUCCCACCCCUCUGUGGGGGUUGGGUCUGGCGAUUAUUGAAAUUCCCACCCCUCUGAGGGGGUUGCAUUCUUAAAAGUUGCGCAUUUCCUCCUGUAAAAAAUUUUCUAGAAACCUCUACAUUUUGCCUUGGGCUAUUGCGAUUAGAAAUAUUUUUCAAAAAACAAAAUGCUCCAGGGUGAGCGCGUUUACAGUAAAAACAAGUGGAAGGCCUCCAACAAUUUUUGGGACUAUGAUUUUUUCCAAGGCAUCGAGUACAAAGACCCUUAGCCUCUGCUAUUUUUAUUCGACUGCGGGGAUCCGUGACGACUCGACAUUCGUCACUC